UCCUGCUUCUCCUCCUCCCGAUUCUCGUUCACUUUGUUCGCCAUCUUCGUCGCAGUUGCUUGAUUUCCCGUCAACUUAUAGACCAUCGUGUAAUCCAACAUGGGCAAGGAAAAGAUUCACAUUAACAUUGUCGUCAUCGGACACGUCGAUUCCGGCAAGUCGACCACCACCGGCCACUUGAUCUACAAGUGCGGUGGCAUCGACAAGCGUACCAUCGAGAAGUUCGAGAAGGAGGCCCAGGAGAUGGGCAAGGGCUCCUUCAAGUACGCAUGGGUUUUGGAUAAGUUGAAGGCCGAGCGUGAGCGUGGUAUCACCAUCGAUAUCGCCCUGUGGAAGUUCGAGACGGCCAAGUACUACGUGACCAUCAUCGAUGCCCCCGGCCACAGGGAUUUCAUCAAGAACAUGAUUACUGGCACCUCCCAGGCCGAUUGUGCUGUGCUGAUCGUUGCCGCCGGUACCGGUGAGUUCGAGGCUGGCAUCUCCAAGAACGGUCAGACCCGCGAGCACGCCCUGCUCGCCUUCACCCUGGGUGUGAAGCAGCUGAUUGUCGGCGUGAACAAGAUGGACUCGUCCGAGCCCCCGUACAGCGAGGCCCGUUACGAGGAAAUCAAGAAGGAGGUGUCGUCGUACAUCAAGAAGAUCGGCUACAACCCCGCCGCCGUCGCCUUCGUGCCCAUCUCCGGCUGGCACGGCGACAACAUGUUGGAACCCUCUACCAACAUGAACUGGUUCAAGGGAUGGAAGGUGGAGCGCAAGGAGGGUAACGCCGAUGGCAAGACCCUGAUCGAUGCCCUCGACGCUAUCCUGCCCCCUGCCCGUCCCACCGACAAGGCCCUGCGUCUGCCCCUUCAGGAUGUGUACAAAAUUGGCGGUAUUGGAACAGUACCCGUCGGUCGUGUGGAGACUGGUGUGCUGAAGCCCGGCACCGUUGUUGUCUUCGCCCCGGCCAACAUCACCACUGAAGUCAAGUCCGUGGAGAUGCACCACGAGGCCCUCACCGAGGCCGUUCCCGGAGACAACGUUGGCUUCAACGUCAAGAACGUGUCCGUCAAGGAGCUGCGUCGUGGCUACGUCGCUGGUGACUCCAAGGCCGCCCCCCCCAAGGGAGCCGCCGACUUCACCGCCCAGGUCAUCGUGUUGAACCACCCUGGCCAGAUUGCCAACGGCUACACCCCCGUGCUGGAUUGCCACACCGCUCACAUUGCUUGCAAGUUCGCUGAGAUCAAGGAGAAGGUCGAUCGUCGUUCCGGCAAGACCACUGAGGAGAACCCCAAGUUCAUCAAGUCUGGCGAUGCUGCCAUCGUCAACCUGGUGCCCUCCAAGCCCCUGUGCGUGGAGUCCUUCCAGGUUCCCCCUCUGGGACGUUUCGCUGUGCGUGACAUGAGGCAGACCGUUGCUGUCGGCGUCAUCAAGUCCGUCAACUUCAAGGACGCUUCCGGUGGCAAGGUCACCAAGGCCGCCGAGAAGGCCACCAAGGGCAAGAAGUAGCAAGUUUGCUUCAGAUCAGCCACAAUACGCAGCAGCGAUAGCAGCAGCAGCAAGCAAGUAAUCACCAUCCUAAUGCAGCAACCACCACUCAAAAAUAGCAGCAAAAGCAGCCAGCACAAUAGUAGUCCAACAACAACAUCAGCAGCAACAACACCACCAGUUCUGCGCAAGAUGACCGAUAAGAUGAUGUUCCAGCAAAAACAAAAGUUUAAUUUCUUCCAUCGAAAGGAGUUUCGUCGGAUACGAAUGUUAAAUGCAGUCGAGGCCGCCUAACAAGGCGCUGGAUAGGUGGAUACCCCGGAUUGAGUGCACACUGAGAAACACGACCACUCCUCCAUCAUCUCCCCCGUCGAUCUUUAGUUUACUACAUAUGAUAUGAUGAGAAGUUGACUUCAUUAUUGUAUCAUGUUUGGAUAUCCUCUGUAGCAUUUAUUUAUCGUUUAAAUUAACCUUUUAAUUUUGAUAUGUAUCAUUUAUCUUACCCUAUUUUGCACACACACUACUUUGUACACAAGAAAAAGAACCAGAAUAGAUGCGAUAACUUUAUUUACAAAAACAAAAAAUAAAAACCCCUA